CUCGGUCUUGCGGAAUGUCAUGUUGACAGCCUAAUUAAUCAGAUCAAAAGCUCUCCCUCUAAUGUCCCAGCCUACACCAAAACCAACGUGUCUUAAACGUUCGACAAUGGGCCUUUUUAUUAAAUGUAUAUUGUUUCGUGACUUGGACAAGCAUGAGAUGUAUUUCGAAGCGCUAAUCAAAGGUAAAAUACGUGAAAAGCUCCUCCAUGUCAUGGGCAUCUAGGAAGAUAUGAGUAUCAGCAACAGUGGUUUUGUAUAUGGCACUUCCACUCAUCCCACUGCAUGACAAAAACAAACUCUGUGGCCCACUUCCCGGCCGAGGCUCAAAUUUAGAGGAUCAGAACAGCUCCACAAGCAUUCGUUGCCUUAUGAUCACCAGUGUCGUGUCUUUUUAAGCGUCAGCCAUUCAACUCGGUCAGCGCAAGCUGCAACAGAUAUGGCCGAAAACAGAAGCAAUGCGUCGCAUCCGAAAGAUCACUGUCGUUUCGAGCCGGAACAGGUGCGUCCCAGUAUUCCUCAUCAUAAGAAUUCCGUCAUCUUCUUUCAGGUUCUGGCCAUUGUAUCUGUCCUCUUCAUUGUGGUCUCCACCACGUCCCUGGUGCUCAACACUUUGCCCAGUCUCCAGGACGAUGGAGGUGAUAACAAAUAUCUCUCCCAAGUGGAGACAGUCUGCAUCACUUGGUUCACCCUGGAGUACCUCUUGCGUUUCGCCGCUUCUCCCAACAAGUGGCAGUUCUUCAAGGGUGCCAUGAAUAUCAUCGACUUGUUGGCGAUCAUGCCUUAUUACGUGUCUCUCUUUCCGCUGGACUCCAGCAAAAAGGAGAAUCAAUUUGACGACGUUCGUCGCGUCAUAGCCAUAUUCCGAAUCAUGCGAAUUUUGCGGAUCCUCAAGUUGGCGCGCCACUCAACUGGCUUGCAGAGUCUGGGCUUCACACUGAAGAAUUCGUACAAGGAGCUCGGCUUGCUCCUGAUGUUUCUGGCCAUCACUGUGCUCAUCUUCUCGAGCCUCGCUUACUUUGCCGAGAAAGAUUGCAACAAAAAAGACUACGGGAGCAUUCCGGAGACAUUCUGGUGGGCCCUGAUCACCAUGACCACGGUCGGGUACGGUGACGCCUUUCCCCGAACCCCACUAGGCAAGGGGGUGGGAGCGGUUUGCGCCAUAUGUGGUGUGCUGGUCAUUGCCCUGCCCAUCCCCAUCAUCGUCAACAACUUCGCCGAGUUCUACAAGAGCCAGAUGAUGCGCGAAAAGGCGAUGAAGCGGCGCGAGGCGCUGGAGAAGGCGCGUCGAGACGGCAGCGUCGCCAGCUUCCACGACGUCAACCUGCGGGACGCCUUCGCCAAGUCGGUCGACAUCGUGGACGUCAUGGUUGAGCCAGGAGACAAGCCUUCUGAUGGUGGCGCAGCAGACCUGAACAAAGUGGACGCCAAAAACGCCCAGCCGCCAGAGCCUGGACCCAACCAGCUGCAGACACGGGCGGACAGCCCCGGCACGCCGGCGGCCGGGUCGCCGGCGUCGGUCAAGCGAGGUCACGGCACGCCAGAGCCCCGGCUGCAGGGCAUGUCGUACGCGCUCAACUCCAUCUCGCCGGCGACCUGGCCGGCACGAGAGGCGACCGAAAAUGGGGCCCACGGUGGGGACGAGAAACCCGCGCACGAGAAAGCCCAGUAAAGCUCAAUGUUUCUUAGCUCAUCUUCAACUCAGGAUAUUUUGAAGCCGGGGGGCGAGCCGACGCCCCCGUCCGACCCCAGCCAACCCUGGUCCUCCGGCAUCGAGCUGCAGACCAUGCCCAAGACUCAGCCGCCAGCGUCCGACGCCCCCGCCGAGCCUCACCCGGAC